AUGUCAAUCAGCGGACCGUGUGUCUGGCUGUCCUCGUUGUCGCCGCCCUCUAAUUCACAUCUGCCCGCCCUAACGAACCAUUGGUCGACAGCUUCCUGGAACAGUGAGCAAGCUUCGUUGAGGUCAAGGGCCUUGCCGUCUAGGCUGCCCGGAUCGUGGGAGAAAGAAGGCGAGCCAGCAAAGACGCCCGCCGCCGAAAUGCAGCCGCCUGUGCUGAAGGCUGAGAAUGCCUUCACGGCCGUGGCUCCAGCUGGUGCGUCGAGUCCAGCACAGCGCUCUGCGGCGCCUACGUCCUUCAACCAUCCCGAGAGUCGACACACACAGUCGGAGGGUGACAUAUCACGUGUGAAGUUGGAAAAGCUCAAUCACAGUGAAUUCCGCCUUCCGAGACCUCAAGGAACAGCCAGCCCUAGAGCUACAAAAGAGACAACCCCCGAGCCCAAAGAUAGAGAUGCUAUGGAACAGCAAGAAAAGGAUAAGGGGAAUGGUGACGCGGAAAUGGCUUGGUCCGAUGAUGGAGCUGGAUCGUCUGUAGGUGGUGACAGGAAACAGUCAUCAGAUUCUAAGAGUGAAAAGAAGAAGAUGAAGCGGUUUCGACUGACUCAUAAUCAAACCCGGUUUCUGAUGAGUGAGUUCACUCGUCAGGCACACCCGGACGCCGCCCAUCGAGAGCGACUAUCGAAAGAGAUUCCUGGUUUGACGCCGCGACAAGUCCAAGUUUGGUUCCAAAAUAGACGAGCAAAACUCAAGCGGCUUACCAGUAACGACCGAGAGCGUAUACUGAAAUCCAGAGCGUUACCUGAUGACUUCGAUACCACUCAAGUUUUACGCACUCCUUUCGAUCAUAAAACGCCAGCAGAGGCACCAAUGUUACUCACCGAUGGUCUGCCUCGACUGAACGACGAUGACUAUGUUAUAUCACCACUGAGUUCUGCUUCGACGACAAACGGAUUCUCAGCAGCCGCGGACAGGCAUUUCGAAAGCUAUGCCCAGCCUGGUGCCAUCCCGGGUAGAGGAGGGCCUGCCCUGUCCGAGCUACACAGAAAUAACCGCAGUGCUUUUCCGUUCCCAAGAUCCAGUAGCUUCUCCGAGUCAUCUUACAAUAGCGGACUCCAAUUUCCGGGGCGAUUCUCAAGACCUGGAGUGGAGCCCCUGAGUCAUCCCAGCAUGACGUAUGCUCGCCGUCCGGUAGACUACGCGUUGGGUCGGCCAGCCAACGGUAUGGUUGUUGGAUACGAUCACCAGCGAGCCUUGGAGGGCUCUGUAUCACCUACAGGUCCACCAGACCAGUCCAUUCAAUAUAAUGUAGACAGCCACAACCAGCAAAUACCUAACUACCAUUCUUCGCUAGCAAUGCCAGCUCCCAAGGGGUAUGGUGGCUUGGAAAUCAACUCUCACAUACAGCAACAUGGACGGCAGAUACCUGCUCUGCAAUCCGUACCGGUUUCGGAUGCGCCAGACUAUCGUCCCUAUUCAUACGACCAUCACCCAUACAGCAUGAACCACGCCAUGCCGUACUCUCAAUCCAAUGCUUCUAGCAUGAGCCUCCCUGCUUCAUUUCCCUCCGAUACGAACAACGUCUCCCAGGGAUCUGUCGUCACGUCUGCCGAAGACCGGAUGAACCACCCUCCACAACUACUAGACCCGCUCAGGGCAAAGUACGGCGGUCAAACAUUUGAAUAUGCCAAUUACCUAUAA